CCUCCUCCUCCACCAGCCACAGCAAGGCUGCAUAACAAUUAUUAACCUGGCUCGCGGUAUCUCCUUAGUCGAGGCAAGAAUGUUGGCGGGCAUUGCCUCCUGACUUGGUUUAGUGUUCGUUGCUCAAUUAAGGUGGAUUAUUAUUAUUAUUAUUAACAGGACGGUGCACACAGAGCUUUCUACCUACCUCGGCAAGUAUGUCCACUCUAGCAGUGCGUUUGGCAUGGAUGAUCUUCCUAGUGCAGACAGGGGUGAGGUUCUGCAGAGGGGCGUGCCUGACAGUGGCUGAUGGGGAGACUUACAGUGCAUGGGGCGAUGCAGUCAUUACUGUACUGCUGCCUUUGCAUCAUGGAGAACACUGUGACAAGAUCAGCAUGACAGAGGUUCAAAUUCUUGAGGCAACAAAGAUGGCUGUGAAGAGAGUCAAUGAACUAGACCUGGUCCCUGGAGUCAAACUUGGUUUACGCAUUGUCGACACCUGCGGUGAAGUGGCACGCAGCGUGAAGCUGGCACUGGCAUCCCUCGCAUCUAAUGCCCGGUCGUGUACCCCAAGUCUUUCUCUUGGUUUCUUGGGACCUGGAGAUGCAGCAUCUGCAGCAGCUGUUGGCAAGGCAACAAGAGCUUUACAAGCUCCUGUAGUUGCUUAUGGGCCUCGCACUGUGGUAGUGACUGAUACGAUCAAUCUCAUAACUCCCGCCCCACAACGAUCAGCUAAGGCUGCAGUGCAUGUCUUAGCAGCGAUGAAAGUGCAAUCGUUCAGCAUUGUGCACACAGCUGAUGAGGAAGGACGUUCCCUGGCUGAGCACUUCAGCGAAGCCGCUGAGGAUGCUUAUCGAUGUGUUGAAAUGACACUAGAAGCUGGUGAUGAAGAAGCUAUGGCCACAGUACUUCAAGAUGGUCCAGGUACUAUAGUUAUUCUGGGAACGAGGGAUAAAGCUCAGAGCUUAGCAAGGACACUGGGGGCUCCAGGAGGUCCAGCAGACUUGAUUCUAAUGCUAGAGAAUGCAGGGCCUGUCCCACCUGCUGAGCUGGAGGGUAUCACAACCCCUCUAGUUAUUCUACAACGGACAGCACCAACAAUACCAGAGUACGUAUCCUACUUGGAACGGGACUUCUACGGAGCCGAUGGACCAAGACGAGAAUAUGUGGCAGCAAUGUCAAAGUGUGAUGCUUGCGAGCCUUCAGAUUUUGGGUAUGAUGCUAGUGCACCAGCAGCCAUUGCAGCAGUUCUUGUAUACGCUGAAGCUUUACGUGAAGCACAAGUCACAAAGUGCGGCAAUAGUGGUGGGCUCUGCAACGAAGUAAAAAAUCUCCAAUAUCAAGAAUGGUGUGACACGCUAAGUCAAGCAUCAUUGCAUGCUGCAGCAUCAACAGCUUUCCCAGAUCUUCUUGAUGCAAAUCUUGAUCCUGGAAGUGAAGACUUCCCACGAUAUACUGUCAAGUUUAUGUCAAAUGGCACCCUUAGCAACUUAACACAGGUCGGCCACGCAGACGAAACAUCCGCUAUACUUGGUCGCAUGGACAUACUCCAACCAAGGUGUGGAAGUCGCUGUUCUUGUCCAACGAAAGAAGUUAUUGUAACUACCACUACUCCUGUGCCCGAAUUGCUUCCUGAACCAGAUAAUAUUACUGCACCUACACCACCUCCUUCAGGAUUCAGUAUCAUUAGAGGACAAAACUGGUGGGCGAACAAGGGCUGGCUCCCAAAGAACUUUGACAGCCCAAUGCACGUUUCCAAAAUGGAGGUGGCUACAUACGUGACUGCCUUCUCCUUUUUCGUAGUCAUUUUCUUCUCUGCUAGUCUUAUAUGUAUUUAUAUGAUACAAAAACCACCUUCAAGAAACUAAAGUAUGGCAUUUUCUUUAUAAAAUUGUUACCAAAACUAAUUUUUUAUACGAAAGUGUUGAGAGGAAAGGAGACGGUUGCUUUUAUGUAAUAAGAAUAGUUAAGUCCUUUUCAAGAUUUACAUCAUAUGUACAGAUAUUCCCAACACUAUAUACAUUUCACCUACCUAUUACCUCUUAAACUUAGUGCACCCGAAGUGCAAUUAUAACCUUAUUCAUCCACUGCCAACCUUUGAAAGGAUAGCAUGGUAUAUCUGUCAAGGAUUCACCAACUAAAAAAAAAAAAAUAAAAAAAAUAAGUAUAAAAUUCUUUUUGAUGAACAAACUUGUGCCUAACCCACAUCCAUUGUUGGAAAAACUUUUACUACAAAGACUGUACAGUACGUAUUUAGAAUGAAAAAAACUAACUUUUGAAAGACUUACAAACUACCUUCCUUUCUUUGAAGACUCCGCUUAGUUUAGUUUCUCAUCACAUCAUUAUUUUUAUGCAGAAUAAUUUCAAAAAUAAAACACCAUCACAAUGAAUGAAAAACUGAAUUUUCUUUAAACCUGCUGAUAAUUCAUUUUCUUUAAAAAAAAAUUAUAGUAGGUGGGUGUGAGUUUAUUUUCAGGCCUCUGCAAACUUGUACAAUACAACAUAAGUCUAGAUGAGAAUUUAUCGAACAGUACAUAUAGUCUUGCUCAGCGCUCCCUGCAAACUAACUGUUGGCCAUAAAAAGGCCACCAGCAUAGCUACAAACAAAGAAUUACAAGCAUAUACUUCACAGGGGCAUCAUUUCAGAAUUUUGUUGAGGAGGGAAGGGGCAAAGGCAGUUGGGUGAGCUGAGCAAGCCUAAUCAGGUGUUUUUUUUUUCCCCCCAGCUAUUUUAUGUGUUUUUUGAAGCCGCAUGAGCAAAGUAUUUCAGCAAAAAUGAUAUACUCCCACUACUGUUUGUUUAUCUCAUCAUCACUGGUGGCUAGUAGACAGACAAGGAUGAAGAAAUAUAAUAUUCCUGAGAAAGUUCAUACAUUUAUUAUUGCACAUUUAAAAAGAAAACAUGCUGUUACUUCUUGGGGCUUGGGGGAUGAGGGUGGUAAGUGGAGGCUUCAUAUACACAUAGUAUUUUCUUUUAAAACAUUCAUGGAUACAAUACUGUAGAAAUUACAAAAACAUCAUCUCAAAUAAAGGGACACAACAUUCCAAUACAUAUACUGGUUGGCCUAGGAUAAUACCCUUUAAGGCUUUCUCCAAUACAUGCUGUAAGAUGCUAAAACACAAAUUUAAUUCUCAAAAACUUAGAAAAUCUAGAUUUGUGAUGUUAGAUUUAAUAAAACUCACUGUACUGUAACACAUUCUUCUACUGUCCAUUAAUCUUUUGCACACUUUAAUGGAAAAGUUUCCACCAGACUCCUCACAACACCAGAUAUACAAGAGUACGUACACAAAGGAAAUGCUGCACGUCUAUUAUAUAUGUCAUUAACCAACUGUAACAUACAGGAAAGAGGAUUCUUAGCAUAAUUUGGUUUUUUGCACAAGUGGGGAACAUGCACAGAAGUGAAGACCUGGAUACCACCUAUAUCAUCACUGUCAUAUAGUCUAAACCAUAAGAUAACUAGUUAAGAUAUUGGGAUGGUGACCAAGCAAAGAUCUUCUGUGGAAAAAACUGAUUUCUUCUGCAAUAUUUACUAACAAAAUUGCAAUAUCAGUAGCUACCAAAGAUUUUUCCUUACUAUUCAAUCUUGACAUCCUAUGUUGUAUAAAGUCAAAUUUGACUCUUUGGCAAAAUAAUGCUACAAUGCUUUCUACCUUUUCAAGCAUUGGCUUUGACCCUUCCCACCUAGAUAGAUACCCAGCUUCUUUAACUUUAUCUUACUGCAAUUUUUUCUGCCUAAGAGAUAAACACUACUAGCUUCUGCAAAUAUGAGCCGAGUGUUCUCUCAAACAACACUGUAUGCUUUGAACAACACAAACAAUCUUCCAUUUCCACCAAUGUACAAGUUUCAUAACCAACUUUUGACAUCAUUUACCUUAAAAUUUAAUGAGAUGGUCUUUAAACAUAAAGAAAAUAAACAAGAAGGGCAUAUUUACUGAGUUUUAUCAGUAGAAAGUGUACAGUAUUAAGAUGAUUAUUAUUAUAAUAUGAUUAGUACAGUACGCAUCACGUAUUAUUGUUAGUGCACUGUGUUAUCAUUUUUACCUUUAUUUAUUAAGUUCUUUAACCUGAUCACUAAAUUAAAUAUACUGUACCUGCAUAACUUCAUUACAAAACUUUAUGUUCCAGCAUUACUGAUGAAUGCACCCUUUUACAUGAAAGGUGAUGUAAUUCCAUGCUAAUUUCAAUUGCUUGUAAGGUAAUUUCAUAGCAAUUUCACUUUCCUUAAUAGGUUCAGAUUUCUUUAGCAUUGAAGUAUCUUACACUGCAUCGUUCUAAACAUAUAUGAAGUAUUUUAUGACUGUUGUUUUAAAAUAGUACAGGUACAGCAAGAAGGUCAAGACUUGUAUCUUAUAUUGCACUCUACCAAAUAAACGAAUAUAAUUUGUAUUUUAUAACUGUUGCUUGUUUUAAAGUAAUAGCAAGACAAGUUGAACUUCCUUCUAUUACAAAUGCAUCCCUGAGAACCCAGCAGUACUUAAUUUGCAUUAAAGUAGAAUACCAUAUCCAAAAGUCGUAUGUAUCAUUAACAGUUUCUUACAAAUCCGUAUGGUUUUACAUCAAAUCCAUAUGCUUUUACAUUAAACAUUUUCUACUAACAAAACAAUUUUUGCUUGAACCAUAAAGUACGUAUACUUGGGUUUGAAGAAAUCUGGAGGCCUAACUGAUAGAACCUGAUGAGGUAUGAUGAAGAGAUGACACAUUAUUUGACCAUGUCCUAAUAUACUAACAUAAUGGAUCGUCCAAUAUCCUAACAAGCUGUUUUGGUGUUAGAACUGCUGAUAAUGAAAUCCUCUAACCAUACCUGAUGAAUUUACAAUAUUCUGACCAGCAUUUUGUAUGUCACUUACAGCCUUUACAGUGAAAUAAAUUGACUUUUCUCUGCUA